AUGGGGGCCUUUCCUGGCGGCUGCUGCUGCUGCUGCUGCCACCGCCGCCGCCUGCAAGUCUUCUGGGCUGCUCUGGCUGUCUCCAUGACGAUUGGCUUCACCAUCCAGUUCUUGGGGGUCUCCUUUCAGAAGAGGGUUUCCUUGUCCCAGCUGCUCCCAAGCCCCUGGGCCCCUCCAGCCGAAGCGGAGGUGGUGGGGGAGGAAGGACCCCCCACACCUCCUCUCCUGUGCCAGCCACGGCAACACCUAGUCUUCCUCAAGACCCACAAGACAGGCAGCAGCACCCUCAUCAACAUCCUGCACCGCUUCGGGGAGGCCCGGGGGCUGCGCUUUGCUCUCCCUGCACGCUAUCAGUUCAGCUACCCCAACCUUUUCCAGGCCCGGCGGGUCAAAGGGUGGCAUCCCAGGGGGCGCCCUUUUGACAUCCUUUGCCAUCACAUGCGCUUCAACUUGCUUGAGGUCCAGAAAGUGGUGCCCCCGGACAGUUUCUAUUUCUCCAUUGUGAGGGACCCCGUUUCCCUGGCUGAAUCGGCCUUCUCCUACUACCGCGCUGUAGUCCCUGCCUUCCGCCAAGCUGGCUCUCUGCCUGGGUUCCUGGCCUCCCCACAGCUCUUCUACCGGCCCGGCGAACGAGGCAACCACUAUGCCCGCAACCUGCUGUGGUUUGACUUUGGCCUCAGUCCCCCCGCAGGUCCAGGUGUGGGCCCAGUCAAGGAUGCCUUAGCGGGGCUGGAGCACACUUUCCACCUGGUGCUGCUAACGGAAUACAUGGACGAGUCCCUGGUCCUCCUGCGGGACGCCCUCUGCUGGAGCCUGGAGGACAUCGUGGCCUUCCCGCACAACCUGCGCAACCCACAGGCAGUGCAUACCCUGGAGCCUGCAGACACUGCCCGGCUGCGGGCAUGGAACAGCCUGGACUGGCACCUGUACACUCACUUCAACCACACUUUCUGGGCACGCGUGGAGCACUUUGGCCGUGCCCGCAUGGCUCAGGAAGUGGCCCUGCUCCGGAAGCGCCGGAUGGAGCUGAUGCAGCAUUGUCUGCAGGGCGGGGGCCCACUGGAGCCAGCUCACAUUCCUGAUGAGCGCAUCCGCCCCUUCCAGUUUGGUCAGGUACCGAUCCUGGGCUACGCCCUGCAGCCCGGCCUGGCCCCCGGAGCCCAGGAGGCGUGUCGGCGCCUGGUCACCCCCGAGCUGCAGUACAAGGACCGGCUUGAUGCCAAGCAGUUCCCCCCAGCCCUAAGAGGCAAUGGGUCCCAGGUGGGGGGAGUGAGGUAGUCCUGGAAAGGCCCGUGGCCUCAGCAACCCCUGGUACAGCAUACCCAGAGAAGUGUGACACGAGACACCACAUCAAACCCAAAGCUGCUCAGAGGUCCAUAUUCUUAGAAGAGCAAUUUGGGAAUGGUUUCAAAAGGCGGUUGAACAGUUCGGUACAGUUUCCAGA